AUGCGAUUUCUCUGCCUCCCUGGUGCCUAUGGCAGCUCCGAUAAAUUCCAGGUCCAGCUGGCACCCAUUGUGAAGGAGCUCACGUCGGAUAACACGGCUACGUUCCACUUCAUCCACGGCCCGUGCAAGGCUAUCCCCCCGGGCGGGUUCAACGAAUACUUCGGCCAACCUCCGUACUACCGCUUCAUCGAGCCGGACCAGGACACGGCAAAGUCGGGCGAUGACGAUAUUCUAGAUCGGAUCCGGGACUUCCCCGAGGGUGAAACGCCCGAGGACACGAUGCGUGAGCUCAUGUCCGAAGGCCUCUCAACCAGCCACAAAAGCUUCCACCGGGCGCUCGAUUACCUAGUGGAUAUAAUGCACAAGGACGGCCCGUUCGACGGCAUCAUCGGGUACUCGGAGGGAGCCACGGUGGCCUCGACCCUGCUUUUGCAUGAGCAGAGGCGGCUGAAGAAGAAGGGCAUCAAGCCCAUGUUCAAAUAUGCCAUCUUCUUCGCAGGCUGGCCCCCGGUCGAUCCGGAGUCGCAUUGGGUGGUCCUGAGCGACGAGAGCGAGGAGAUGAUCACGAUCCCAACGUGUCACAUCAUUGGCUCCCUCGAUCCUUACCUCCACGGAUCCAUGGCUCUGUACAACGUGUGCGACCCAGACACGGCAUACCUAUUUGACCACGCAAAGGGCCACACACUCCCGCGCGACAAGGACACGGUGAAGGAGCUGGGUAACGUCGUUCGCAUGGCGAAGGCCGAGUAUGGGAUCAAAUAG